UAUGGCUGACGUGGACGUAGAAUUCGAUUUUGAGAACGAUCUGAACACCGAUGUGGGACAGCCGGCAGAAGCGCCGUCCUCGAUGCCAGCAAGCGCAAGAAAAAACUACCGCCAGGCAAGCUGCAAAACUGUGCUCUUUAACUCCUCGCGCAUCCCAACCGACCGUUCUCACCACAACCACACUGCAUCAACCGCAGACAGUUUGCCGUCAUUGGCUUCGCGGGCUCUGCAUGAAAGGAAAUGGGUGCGGGUUUCUUCACCAGUUUGACAAGAGACGAAUGCCCACUUGUCGGUUUUUUGCGAAAUACAAUGAGUGCAGGGAACCGGAUUGUCCUUUCAAGCACUCCCUUGAAGACGUGAAAGACUGCAACAUGUUCAAGCUUGGAUUCUGUAUCCAUGGAAAACUAUGCAGAUAUCGACAUGCUUCAUUAAAAGCCCCGCCAAUGCCAACAUUUGAGGCAGCUCUCAUUGGAACACCUGGCCACCUGCACGGAGCACCUUCCUUUGUCCAGCGCUACCAAUUAGGGCUAGUAAACGAAGAAACAAUUUCGGGAAACAUACGUCCCACGUCUACACUCGGACCGGGUCUUCCGCCUCUACCUCCGGGACCCCCUCCGCAGAGAUCCAAAGUUGUCAACCGGCCACUGGCAAUCAACGCAAAUCCAGCUCUGGACGAUGAAUAGUACACCCUCACUGCUCGUGUGAAAAGCCAAGAUAAACACGCAUGCGUUGUACAUCGGAAUACACCUCAACAUGAAAUCAAUAUUAUUCAUAUUGAAACUCCAGGUCGGAACGUCAGUGACCACUGUGACAAUUGUAUCCGGAAUACUUAGUGGAAAAAGGGAAAUCAUACAAUACGUCGUGAAUGUGAAUUUACCUUGAUCGCCGUUUCCACGAAGGGCGUGUGUGUUUAUGGGACUUAUUUGUCCCCCGUUCAUUCCUCGUUGCGUAAACUUUUGCAGCGGUGAAUAAGUAAGCAAGGGCCGGCGGCGUCUAGUUGUUAGCGACUAUCGCGGAACAAAAGCAAAUUUUAUCUAUUCGAAGGUACCUAACUAGGUAACUAGCUAACAUUAGUGAUCACAAAAUACGUCCCUCG